UUGACCACAGAAAUGAACUCGUGACAUUUUUAUUUUCAACCAGGGAGAACCCGUAACUAAUCAUUGUUAGCUCAACUUUGCAACGAUGGUGAAGCUGACUGGACUCUCUGUCCGCGAUAUACGCUUUCCAACGUCUCUGGAACUUCAUGGCUCAGACGCUAUGCACAAGUCACCAGACUACUCAGCAGCCUAUAUUGUCUUUGAAACGGAUAGAGUGGAUAACAUUGAAGGGCAUGGCCUUACUUUCACUUUGGGACGAGGCAAUGAACUAGUAAUGGAAGCUGUAAAAACAUAUGGAAAAAUGCUCAUUGGUAGGACAACUGAUGAAAUCUUUGGUAACUUUGCUUCAGUUUGGAGUGAACUGGCUCAUGAAAGCCAGUUUAGAUGGCUUGGUCCAGAAAAAGGUGUUAUCCAUCUUGCAUUGGCUGCUGUUGUCAAUGCAUUGUGGGAUCUCUGGGCAAAGAUGGAAGGCAAGCCUCUUUGGAAACUUCUCACAGAUAUGUCUCCAGAACAACUAGUGUCAACAAUUGACUUAAGUUACCUGUCGGAUGUGUUGACAAAAGAUGAAGCCAUUGGUCAGUCAUCCUUGUAUUUUAUUGUUAAUGUACUGUAUAAGCCUGUCUGUGAUGGAGUGAAGACAAUUAUGCAAACUGUUAUCGUUUGCAACAAAUACAGAUUCAAGAUGAAAAUUGGUUCUGAUCUAAAUGAAGACAUCAGAAGAGCAACAAUAUUCCGAGAUGAGAUUGGAUGGGAUAACUUUCUGGCAAUGGAUGCAAACCAAUGUUGGGAUGUUGAGGAGGCUGUUAGUUAUAUGAUGCAAUUGGCAAAAUUUAAACCAGUGUGGAUUGAGGAACCCACUUCACCAGAUGAUGUGUUAGGUCAUGCUGCAAUUUCCAAAGCACUGGAACCUCAUGGAAUAGGUGUGGCCACAGGAGAGCAUUGUCAGAAUAGGGUCAUCUUCAAACAGUUUUUUCAAGCCAAAGGGUUUCAGUUCUGCCAAAUUGACAGCUGCCGCAUGGGUGGAUUAAAUGAAGUUUUGGCAGUGUUACUGAUGGCUGCUAAGUUUGGAGUUCCUGUUUGUCCUCAUGGUGGUGGUGUUGGCCUGUGCGAAUACAUUCAACAUAUUUCAAUUUUUGAUUUUAUCUGUGUCUCUGCAACCUUAGAAAACAGGGUAACAGAGUUUGCAGAUCACCUUCAUGAGCAUUUUAUCCAUCCCUGUGUUGUAGAGAAAGGAGCUUACAAAGUUCCUAUGUCCCCAGGGUAUAGUGCUGAAAUGAAGGAGGAAUCUCUGGAUGCUUACGAGUUCCCUAAUGGUUCUGAAUGGAAAAAACUUAUGGGCCAGGGCCUCUUCAAAGUUGAAUGAAAAUGUUGUGGAAUGUUGUAUUUAGAAAUUUUCUGUGUAGGAGAAAAAAGUAAUUCUAUUCCAUAUCACUCCAAAGCAAUGACCCAAGGUUAAUUUUUGCACUAAUAUUGCACCUUUGAGCCUCGGACAAUUCCUCCUCAUUAGUCCUAAACAUCCAUUAAUGGGUACAAAACUAACUUUAAGAAUUAAUGAAGGGUUUUUAAUCCAAAAGUAUUUUUAUUAGAGCAGUGAAACAAACAUGAUCAGUAAAUAUAAAUAUUACUUAAUGAGUUAGUAGCAAAUUAGAAUUUGAAAGUAAAAAUGUAUAUAUAGCAUUAGGAACCUCAAGGACCAACAAAAUCCAGUACUGAAAUUUGAAUUUUUUUGGCCAAAGGUGGAAUGUGUAAAAUAUUCUUUUUAAUUGCAUUAGUUGGCCCUUCAUAAUAGAAAAUGUUAUUUUUCUCCUUUGUGAUGUACUCUUUCUGUUUCAUGGACACUUAACAGUAUGUGUACCCUUCAACUAUUUUUGCUUUUUAGGUCAUUAUUUGUAUUGUGUUUGCUAAUAAUGAAAAAAGAAAUGUUGUGCUGAUGAUUGGUAUGAAAUAAUUUUUUAAUAUGUAAAUUAUUUAUGUUGCCAGGGUGACAAAAUUAGUUGUGACUGUUUUAACGCUAGGGUGUUUGCUUUCAUUGAAACUGUAGGGAGUUCCACAAAUUCCAAUGUCAACCUAAGCUAUUCCAUCAUGUAUUGACCCUUUUGAAUACGGUAACUUGGGGGAGAGGGGGAGGGGAUAAAAUUGUUAAACACAAUUAGUGAGACAGACAAGAGUUAAAUAAACCAGAUCUAAUGACA